AUGUCUUUCUGUAACAGAAGAAGAGUACCUGUGUCAAUUGCAGAUGUUGCAUCUGUAACAAAAACGCAAGCUAAGCCCAAAGAAUUUAACAUGUCAAUGAACUCUAAUCUUUGUGCAAAAAACGAAGUUACACCAUACUGCAUAUUAAAUAUUACUCUUGCUACUGGUACAUAUCCAACAUUGUGGAAAGAGGCUCUUGUGCUGCCCUUAUUUAAAGCAGGUGAUAGAGAAGAAGCCAAAAACUAUCGACCCAUUUCCAUUGUUUCGGUUUUUGCAAAAGUAUUUGAGUUGCUUAUUUAUCCCGUUGUUUCAUGGCACUUUAAGCAAUUCGUGGCUCCAGAACAGCAUGGGUUUGUGAAAGCUCGAUCGACGGUCACUAAUCUCGUUUCCUUUGUUGAAGACAUUACUGAAAUUCUUGAUAGUGGUAAUUCCGUUGACACAAUUUAUACAGACUUCAGUAAGGCCUUUGACAAAGUUAAUCACGGUAUCUUGAUCAAAAAGCUUGAGGUGAUAGGUGUGGCGGGUCCAUUGCUAGAUUGGCUAAAGUCAUAUCUUACUAUGCGAUCUUCUACGGUCGUCGUUGAUGGUUAUGCAUCUGACCCGUUUUAUGCUGUUUCAGGAGUACCCCAGGGCUCACAUCUUGGGCCCUUGCUGUUUAACAUAUUCAUCAACGAUUCACUUUCGGGUCGGAGACGACUUCUCGAUCUUACAUUCUUGCACAAAUUAAUGAAUGGCGCCAUUGACUGUCCCAACUUACUGGCUCAAUUAAAUAUUCAUGCCCAAACUAGAACUAUAAGACCGUCAGCUUUUACACCUUUCGUGGAAAAACAUAAAAACUGGCUUCCAUAUAGAAGAAAUGUUGAGGAGCAGACUAUUCUCAACAAUGCAUGCGGUGCCAUUCGUCCAGGACGACUUACAUUUUUACUCGGUCCUUCAGGAGCUGGCAAAACCACACUUUUAAAAAUAUUGGCUGGAAGAAAAAAGGCUGGAGUAACUGGUAACGUUCAAGGAUCUGAUAGAAAUAUAGUGCUGGUAGCGCAACAUGCCACACUCAUAAACACGCUUUCUGUGAUAGAGACAUUACAAUUUGCGGCAUCGUUAAAACUGCCACAUGCAACUCGAAUGGAACGACAUUAUACGAUUGAAUCUGUAGCAAGACAAUUGGGAAUUCAUGACGUUUUACAAACGAGAGCUGGUCGAUUAUCCGGUGGGGAGCAUAAACGACUGACGAUAGCCUGUGAACUACUAACAAAUCCUACUGUAUUACUUUUAGAUGAACCAACUAGUGGCCUCGACUCGGUGUCAUCAAUGUCUGUGGCAAAAGCUCUUAAAUCAGUAGCACAUAGUGGAAGAAUAGUAGCUUGUGUGAUACACCAACCCUCUUCUCAACUGUUCACAUCAGCUGAUGACGUCAUUCUCCUAGCAAAUGGAAGAACCCUGUACUCUGGAGCUAUUCAAGAUAUACCUGAAUUGUUGAAAAGAUCUGGCCUUAUUUGCCCUCAGUAUUACAAUUUAGCGGAUUUUCUUUUAGAAGUUGCUAGCGGGGAACACUCUGGUAAUUUAGCACUUUUAGAACAUGAAGCAAUAACGUAUGCCAAUGAAAUAAAAAAAAUAGCGGAGAAAGAAAAUCAUGAGCGGAAAGAAAAAGGUAUGUAUGUAGAUAAUAAUUCAACGGAAGCUGAAUCUCUCCUUCAUUCAAAUAUUGUUAUAAUAGACGGUUAUACAGCCAAUUUUAGACAGCAAAUGUGUGCUCUUCUUAGAAGAGGUUAUAUAGGAGCACUACGAGAUGUCCACUUAACUCAGAUACGACUAAUAUGUCACCUACUAGUAGCGUUGUUGCUAAGCGCACUCUACUACGGAGCAGGCGCAGAAGCAGGGCGCAUGAUCUCCAACACGGGCUGCCUUUUCUUCUUUUUACUUUUUCUAUUUUUUUCCAACGCCAUGCCAACAAUACAAACAUUUCCAGUGGAGUCAUCUGUGGUCCUUCAAGAACAUCUCAACAAAUGGUAUUACUUAUCGACAUACUGCGCUUCUAAAAUAAUGAUCGACUUACCAAUACAAUUACUAUGUGCUACAGUAUUUGUACUACCAGCAUGGUACUUAACUUCGCAACCCAAUGAACCGUAUAGAAUCGGAUUAGCUUGGCUGAUCUGUGCACUCAUCACGAUACUCGCUCAAACUUUCGGGCUGGUGAUUGGAGCUGCAUGUGGAGUAAAGCUCGGCCUAUUCGUCAUUCCAGCUGCAAAUAUUCCAAUGCUUAUGUUCUCCGAAUUCUUCAUUCCUUAUCACGAAAUGCCAUCGUACCUACAACCAUUUGCAUAUUUGUCUUACUUUCGGUAUGCAUUCGAUGCAUUAAUGCAAACUGCGUAUGGAUUCGGUCGCAGUGCUCUUCCUUGCCAUGCAGAUUUUUGUUUAUUCAAACGACCUGAUAAAUAUCUAGACUACUUAGGUCUUUCGCAAAAUCUAAGAGCUGAUAUUGUAGCUAUCGUUAUAUGGAUUGUACUACUGAAGUUAUCACUAAUAUGUGUAUUAAAAUAUAGAGUCUUUAAGGCUUGUAGGUAAAUGCAGUAUUAGUGAAAGAAAUAUAUAUAAUAUAUUCUUUAUUGCACUAAA